GCCCCGCCCCCUCUCGGCGGAGCGGCGGCUGCGCGUGAGGCGAGCGCGCCUGGCGGCUAUAAGGGCUGCGCUGCUCCUGCCGAGUCCGCGGAGCGCCUGGUCCGAGGGCGCCUGGCGAGGAGCCGGAGCCGGGGAGAGAGCGAGAUGGGCGCGGCCAAGGUGCUCGUGCUGGCAAUGCUGCUGGCCGUGGCGAGCCUCGCCUCGCCCGCCAGCGCCCAGGCGGAGCGCGAGGGCCCCGCGGACGGUGAGCGCGGAGCGGGGUCGCGGGGAAGGGCGGGCGGGCGGAUGGACGGGCUUGCGGGCCCCGCGGCGCCUUCAGAGCCUCUUUCCCGGCCAAGCGCCCCUCUCGCCUGCCUCUUACAAGACUUGCGGAAGCGAGCAGCCGCUUUCAGAAUACGAGUUCCCGGGGCUGACUGGAGAACGGCCCCAAUGUCUCCUUAGCGUUUGGUCCGUCCAGCGGUUGCCGCUUUCUCUGCCUCGGGCUGCAGGGCAGCUGCAGCAACAGGCCAGAGCUGCAACUUCUGGCGUCGGAGGAAGGGGUCUGCCCUCUAGGGAAGCUCAUGCGUGGCAAAUUGGUUAGUCUCUUAAGGUGCCACAAAUACUAUGUCUGGGGUGGUGGUUCUUCCUGCAGGAAGAUGUAGAAAAGAGUGCUGAACCCCUUUGUCUCAUCUGGAAAUAUGAUUCUUGCCUCCUUAUGUACGUAAAUCUAGGCACAAGGAGCACCAAAAGGCAGUAAAUGAAAUAUUUGAAUGCAAGUUUCUAUUAAUUGCCAGAUCUGUUUCUGACUUGAGUGACCUUCGGGGAGGGAGGUCUUUAACACAGUGGCAGAGCACAUGCUUCAAAUGCAAAUGGUCCCAGGUUCCCUUCAUGGCAUCUCCUGGUAGGACUGGGAAGAUGCCUUCCAGAAACCCUGGAAAGCUGCAGCUGCUAUUUAGUAUUGAAGACAAAGCAAAAACUAUGGUCUGACAUUGUGAGACAGCUUCCUGUGCGCACAACUUUGUCUGUUUUUUAUUUUUUUUACUUGCAUCCUCUUUUGCAGAAAAUGGAACCAGAGUUGUGUUGUGUACUGCUCUGAGGCACUGUGUUUUCACAGUAGAUGUUCAUACUGGAUUGUGCCAGUUGUUUGCGUUGUUAUACAAAUGAGUUCUCUGGAGACACUUGUUUGCAAUUUUAACCAUACUGAUUUAAACACAUGUAAUUAAAUCUGCCUAAACCCUAUUAUCAGUUCAGCUUGCAUGUGUAAAUUGGGGUUAAUGGCAACAUUCAGGAUAAAAGCUCUUCAUUUAUAUACUGGGCAUGAAACAAUCAUUUCUCCCUCACACAAUUUGCUGUUAUCCCAGCAUUCUUUUUCAUUUCAUCUUGUUGGAAGAAACUUAUUCCAAAGUCCAUGUUUUAGGGACCUUUAGAAUUAAAUAUUCUAAUUUUGGAAAAGGCACUUAACAGUUUUUAAUGACUGGUGUUUUAAUGUAUUUUUAAUCUUUUGUUGGAAGCCGCCCAGAGUGGCUGGGGAAAUUCCCAGCCAGAUGAGCAGGGUAUAAAUAAUAAAUUAUUAUUAUCCAAGUACCUUUCAACAUGGGUUCUGUUGUAAGAAUCUUCUAUAAAUGAUUGUAGAUCAGGGCUGUGAAAGCUAGAAAAUAAAUGUCCUUCAUGGCUUACCUUCUUCUUUUCUCUGUUUAUUAGCCACUGAGACCUUUCUAUUCUAACACAAGCUGGAUAGCAAGCUUGAAUUUAGGUUUGUUGAUGUUGGAGAAGCUGUACAGGUGGCAUGAUAAUAGUAGUGAAUGUUAUGCCUAUUUUUUUGUGACCAAAUAUUAUAGCAGCAUGUUUCUUGUUCAGAGAAUGACUUAUCUUUUCCACAUUGAUGUUUGUUGCUUGAUGAACUGGGCUUGUUUGAUUCCCAACGCACCACACUAACAGCAUACUCCACCGUAAGGCCUGUUCAUUAACAAUUGUUACUUUUGUUUCUUUCUAAAGCUAGCCUACCAAGCCAAAUAAAACCCACUAUUCUUUGGGAGGUUGGUGGGAUUAGGGUGGGCCUGUAAUAGAAGCACAAUAAAUGGAAGAGAGAGGGACUCUCUUGAUUCUGGGUAAAAGACACUGGGCUGCGAAGGCCCAAGAAGCAAUAGGCAGGGCAGCUGAAUUGUCUGUUCUGGUUUCUUUUAUUUAUCUCUCUUGCUACCGCUCUACCCCGCCAAACACCUGAUUGGCGCAGCAGCAAAAAAAGGUGCAUCGUUUGCUGCCACGCUGCUGGGGGGAUAGCGCUUCAAAAAAAGACAUGUAUUGAUAGAUUUAACGUGGCUUGCAAUGACAAACCAAGUGCAAUGUGCUAUGCAUCAGGCUGCCCUUUGAACAACUUGGGAACUGUGGCUGAUGCAGAAUUCAGUGGCCAGGAUUGCUUACUAGAUUGCUGACUGGAGUAUGAUGGUCUGAGUAUAAAUCUUGGCAUGACUGCAUUGGCUACAAACUAGGUUUGGGGCUCAGUUCAAAGUGGUGCUUUGGACUUAUAAAGCCUUGCGCAGCUCAAGGAUGCAGGUGGCGCUGUGGUCUAAACCACUGAGCCUCUUGGGCUUGCCAAUCAGAAGGUUGGCAGUUCGAAUCUGCACAAUGGAGUGAGCUCCUGUUGCUCUGUCCCAGCUCCUGCCUACAUAGCAGUUCAAAAGCAUGCCAGUGCAAGUAGAUAAAUAGGUACCGCUGUGGCAGGAAGGUAAACGAUGUUUCCAUGCGCUCUGGUUUCCGUCACAGUGUUCCGUUGCAUCAGAAGCGGUUUAGUCAUGCUGGCCACAUGACCUGGAAAGCUGUCUGUGGACAAACGCCAGCUCCCUCGGCCUGAAAACAGACGAGUGCCGCACCCCAUAGUCGCCUUUGACUGGACUUAGCCACCCAGGGGUCCUUUGCCUUUUUUACCUACGCAGCUCAGCACCCCAACAUCUCAAGGGCUGCCUCUUCCCAAGUGAACCAACCCGAACCCUGUGCUCUUCAUUUGAAGGCCUUCUCAGUGGUGGCUCCCCAUUUGCCCAGGGAGGGGCAGCUGACACCACCUCUGUUUUUAGACACCAGAUUUUGGGUCAUGAAUUAAGAGGGUACUUGGGUACGUUUGUGGUCUCUUGCUGUGCUCAUCUUUUUGGGGGUGGUUUAGAUCUGUCAUUUAAUAUAUUUCUAUGUUAUGUGCAUUUUAGGUUCUUAUUUUAUUCUUGUUCUUAUAGCUGAUUUUAAUGUUAUGGGGUUUUUUUACAUUAUGAAAAAAGUGACAAUAAUAUAUUUUUCCCUCCCCCUUAAUUAGACUUUGUUGCCCCAGGGGAGACCAGUGUUGAUGAUGAUGACGAGGACAUUGAUGAUUAUGAUGAAGAUGAUAGUUCAGAAAUCAAAGAGGAAAAUGGUGUUGUCAUAUUGAAUGAUGCAAACUUUGAUACUUUUGUUGAAGGAAAGGACACUGUGCUUCUGGAGUUCUAUGCCCCUUGGUAAGUCUGGUUCCAGUGUUUCCAUCCUCCUCCUUGAAGUUAAUUCAUAUUUCAUGUCUGCCAUGCUACAGUAGGAUGUUUCUUCUUCCCGCUGUGAGUUCCCAUAAAACAGGACGAAAGCUACUUAGUUCUCUUUGUAUUUAUUUUAAAUCACUGUGCUAUAUAUUAAAUACCCUUUUCUGUACUUAAGCACAAUUGUUGAUGGAGGGGAUUUAAAGUGUUCAGAAGAAAAAAAUAUGGUUGGUGCUGUUAAAAUGUGCAUGCUGGAGUGGGAGUGCACAAUCUCGUGGUCCACUUGCAUCCAAUUGCAAAAAGUGUGUGUUAUGUCUGCACUGAUGAUGGUGAUAAUGAUAAUGAUAACGAUAACAAUAAUAAUUUAUAUGCUGCCCAUCUGACUGGGUUCCCCCAGCCACUCUGGGCAGCUCCCAACAAAUAUCACAUCAAACAUCAAAAACUUCAUUGAACAUGGCUGCCCUUAGAUGUCUUCCAAAAGUCAUAUAAUUGUUUAUUUCCUUGACAUCUGAUGGGAGGGUGUUCCACAGUGGGGGCUCAACUACCAAGAAGGCCCUCUGCCUGGUUCCCUGUAACCUCACUUCUUCCAGUGAGGGAACCAGCAGAAGACGCUUGGAGGAGGACCUCACUGUCUGGGCUGGAUGAUGGGGGUGGAGACACUCCUUCAGGUAUAUUGGGCUGAGGCCAUUUAGGGCUUUAAAAGACAGCACCAGCAGUGAAUUGUGUGCGGAAACAUCCCAGGAGCCAAUAUAGGUCCUUUAAGACCACUGUUCUGUGAUCCUGGCAGCUGCUCCCUUCCACUGAGCCCUCACAGGAACAUCUGACAAGUAAGGAGCUUUCACAUCUGUUGUCGGAAGUGGCACAGUCUUGGGAAUUCUGCACCCUAUGACUUUUCUGAAUGUGUGGGUCAAUUCUAAAUCUUCUGUGCUCAGGCUUGACUUACUCGGUACUGCUUUUAAAAAGUAAUGGAGAGUUUCCAUGAUUACGCUGUGCUGUUUCCUGCAGCCACAGGGAUGGCUUACAGCUCUGCGCUUGCACAGUGUAGUCCAUAGUCAUUUUGAAGAACACCUAAAAUCUGCUAGUCAAACUGCUUUCUUAACACGACUGUAUGGCUGCAUACAUGGCUGUAUGGAGCAGUGUGAGCAGACCAGAAGCACUUGGCUGGACACAGCUUCAGUAAUGCCUGCAGCCAGCAAAGCCCCAGUGUUUAAGUGCCCUGGAAUUUAUUUCCUGGUGGGCUUUGGCCUUCUGGGCAGUGACUUUGUUUCUUUCCAGAAUUUGAGCCAACCUGUUCAAGCUACCCAGACAUGUGACAUACCUGACCGCUGUGUUGUAAAAUCAGCCCUAUCGUUUCUCAAAAGUUGUGCUGUAGAAACUGAGUGCUGAAGUUAAACUCUUGCAGAAUUAAUUUGUUUUUCUUCAGGUGUGGGCAUUGCAAGCAGUUUGCACCAGAAUAUGAAAAAAUAGCCCAAGCAUUGAAAGAAAAUGAUCCUCCCAUCCCAGUUGCCAAAAUAGAUGCUACAGCAGCCUCCACGGUGUCAGGGCGUUUUGACGUGAGUGGCUACCCAACCAUCAAAAUUCUGAAGAAGGGGCAGCCUGUGGAUUAUGAGGGCUCAAGAACAGAAGCAGGUGAGCAGCAGCACACUUCUGAUCCUGCAGGCUUUUCUUAGGCUGUUUAAUACACCCUUUCAUUCACUCAAAAUCUGAGUGGUGUCUUCUAAAAUACAGGAAGGCUUAAGGCAGGUAAGAAUCCUUUUUCCGCCCGGGGCCCCCAUGCCCGUGGUAGCGGAAGGGCCAGAGGGAAAAGUGAGCAGAACAAGGCCCAUACCUUUUGUCUUUGUGCAGUAAACUGGCUUCUACACCCACACCUAGACACCCCUCUGUCCUCCAUCCAGGCAAGGCAGCAGCAUUUUCAGAGGUCAGGGGCACCACCCAAGUUGUGAAGUAGAGCCAGUGAGGUCUGAGGGUCCUAUCUGUGGUUCUAAGGGCAUGUUACAAGCUUGCAUUGAUAGAGGAUGUACAAUUGACUUCCCAUAAUACUCGUGUAUACCAUAAUUGACAUCCAUGUUUCUGGAUAUCAUGCAAAGGAAUUGUGUAAUUCCUUCCACAGGGAGUUGUGCUAGCUGUCCCCACACCAGGGGCCUCUUCAUCUCCACUUGGGGCAGAAGCUCCGGAAAAGGGAUGCAUGGGAUGCUUAACACAGCACUGUAAUCUGAAAAUAAUCCUAAUGCAGAGUAUUUUGCAUUAAAAGCUUUUAAAAUGGCUUAAACACAUUGCAGUAUCACCAGAAAAAUAAGCUGUGUUAACUGAGGGAUUUUCUAGGAGCCAUGCCUCCUGCCCCCAGCUCCAAGCUAGGUGAGCUAGCAGCAAAUCUGUAGGUGAUUUUUGUAAUCAGCAGUACUGUGGUAGCAAAUUCCUUUUUCUGUGCAAUUGUAGAACUGCAACAUAGAAUUUCAGAGCAAAGUCUGUUAAGAAGGGUUUGUUUUUGUGCAUUUUAACUCCUGUGGGAUGUGAAGUAGAAUCAGAGCUGGAAGGGACCAUGAGGGUAAUCUAGUCCAACCCCCUGCAGUGCAGGAAUCUUUUGCCAAAUGUGGGGCUCAAAGCCACAACCCUGAGAUUAAGUGUCUUGAGCUUUUUGGAUAGCUCAGCCGGAAGAGCCUAGGACCAACCUGCCAGUUCUCCAUCAUUCUAAAUGGGUGGCUGGAAGACUGAUAGUGCCAUGUACAAACAGAUUAGGUUUCUAUGUGAUUAACAUUUAGUAUAAUGGAUUUUAAAAAAAAAAUUUAUCUGUGUGCUGACAUGCUGUAACAUGACUUAGAAUUCAAGGUGAGUGUAUGUAGAUAAGAAUAGGCAGGUAAUAGAAUUAGUCGGCAGGCAGUAUUCUGCCAAGGUUCUUUCCGCAUAAAGGGAUAGUUGUUGUCAAGGCGAAGGCGACCUGGUUCCCUCUCCACAUGCAAGGUCUUUGCAGUAGACAAGCUGCCCCUUCCACCUGUCAUUGCUCAUUUUUCUCUUCAUAUUCUUUUUGUAGAAAUUUUGGCUAAAGUGAAAGAAGUUUCGCAGCCUGAUUGGGUCCCACCACCUGAAGUCACAUUAGUGUUGACCAGCGAAAACUUUGAUUUAGUCGUGAACGAGGCUGACAUAAUCCUGGUUGAAUUCUAUGCUCCAUGGUAAAGGGAAAGAGAGUUUUUUGCCUUUUAGCUUUCACAGUGUUUAUAUAUUCCUUCAUUUGAUAUAGGAACCGCAAGCUGACUUUGUGUGCCCUGCCCCGGUACAAAAUUAUAGGGCAUGUUCAGUUUGGCUUUAUGGAGUCAAUAUUCCUGCUGCAUUUAGAGCUUUGGAAAUAUUUGGAGCUAGGGGAGGGGAGGGGACUGACUGUAUCUUCGUAAUCUCCAGUGCACACUUUUAUCUGGUAUGUGCAAAAACAUUACACCAUGGUUUAUCUUUUCAAAGAGUUUGAUUUGUUUAAAAGGCUGGGUAACAAAAAUUAUAACUGUAUGUAUGGUGUAUUCAGUUUUUGAUGUGGGUUGCUUCUAGGUAGUACUUGGAGUAGACCUGUAAUCUUAUUAGUUUUGCGGCAUGCCUUCAGAUGAAAUGAAAACGUGUAAUGUCUUGAGAUGAGGAUUGGCAAGAUCAUUUUCUAUUUCUGCCUUCCUGUUUGCUGCAUUUGAAUACAGUGGUACCUCGGUUUACAAACUUAAUCUGUUUCUGAAGUCCGUUCUUAAACCGAAUUCUUUCUUAAACUGAGGCGCGCUUUCCCUAAUGAGGGCUCCCGCCACUGGUGCCCUCCCACCGUUUGGAUUCCAUUCUUAGACCAGGGUAAAGUUUGCAAACCGGGAUACUGUUUCCAGUUUUGCGGAGUUCAUAAACCGAAUUGUUCUUAAACAGGACUGUUCUUAAACCGAGGUACCACUGUAUUGACAAGUAUUCAGUCUGUUGAACCUCUAUGCAAAUGUGCAAUUUUCACUGCUUAUGUAAGUUAUUAAGCAGCCACUGGAUAACCAAAGUCCUGUGUGUGUGUGUGCCUAUUAUCUGCAAUUUGCAUAGGAACUUGAGGAUCCAGCUCAAAACAUUGACAGUAUUUUCAAACCAGCUGCAUCUCUGGGGCACUUGCCUACAAAAUGGAUACAGAUGUAUGCUGUGAUAUUUUAUCUUACCCAAUCAAAGUAUUGGCACUUCAGAAAAGACAGGAAGUUUAAGUACUAGGGGAAGGGGAACAGAGCUAUCUUUUCAAGCAGUGAGAAUAGAUUUCUCUCCAUUAUCUUUGAGAGCUUUUGGCUACCAAGUUACCCAUUCUUGUUCCCUAUUGAGGUGUGGGCACUGCAAGCGGUUGGCUCCAGAAUAUGAGAAAGCAGCCAAGGAGUUGAGCAAGAGAACGCCUCCAAUUCCCCUUGCUAAAGUUGAUGCUACUGCUGAAACCGAUCUUGCUAAGAGAUUUGACAUUUCUGGAUAUCCAUUACUUAAGAUCUUCCGCAAAGGCAAACCUUUUGAUUACAAUGGUCCAAGAGAAAAAUACGGUAUGGUUUGUAAAGCACCUUCUUUUUCUUCACAGCAAAUACAUGAGUUUGGACCUGUUUGUGUUUCAUAGACACUGAGCUAAGAAUUACUGUAUUUUUUGCACCAUAACACUCACUUUUUUCCUCCUAGAAAGUAAGGGGAAAUGUCUGUGCGUGUUAUGGAGGGAAUGCCUACGGGUGGCAUGCCUACCGAUUUUCCUCCUCUAAAAACUACAUGCGUGUUAUGGUCGGGUGCGUGUUAUAGAGCGAAAAAUACAGUACAUUUUAUAUGUAUGUAAGAUGAUGUUGAAACUGCCCUGGACUUAGGCAGCAUUUCUUGUUUCUAUUAAUGCUAUUUGUAUAAUUGGUCUGUGAUUGGUAAUUGCCUGCACCUUAUUUUGAAAUGUUAUAGAAAGUUUUUGUUAUUUCAGUGUUUUGUUUAAUUUGGGUGUGUUUUGUCUUGCACCUGCAUCUAGUCAAGCAAGUGGGAAUGACUCACCACAAUCUAUAGUAUAAAUACUGUUGUGUUUAAGGCAAGUUUGCUCUUGGCCAGAGCCUAGUCAGUCUGUGCUGGAUCUACAAUUGUAUGUAACUGAAAAUGCAUUAUGCUGUCAGUAAAGCAACUGACUCUUCCUAGAUCUGCUUGGUGUUUCUCUGUUGCUUUGGCACACUCCAUGGGCAUUAGGAUGGGACAUGCCCAACAUUUUUCAUGCCUAAGGCAUAAACGUAUGAAUGGAGGGAGAGAGUGGAAUCUUGUUUCUUCUGUGGAUUUAAGCUUCCAGCCUGAGAGCUCAUUCCACACCAACUGAGGAACUCCUGAAGAUGUGACACAAAACCUCAAUGUAUUCUGAAGAUUGCUAGGAUUUUUGAGCUUCACUAUUUUCUCACUGGCAUUAGCAAAGCACCAGGGAACCAUAAUCAGACAAGCAGUAACUAUAGCACAAGGAUAUCAUUUUGAACCAGGAUAAACUCCGUACUGUAUACAGCACUUUUAAAAUUGUUUUGAAUCUUGGCACUGCUUGUUGUGUUUGGUCAUAUAUAAACUUUAUUUAUUUUUUAAUAUGUAUUACUGCUUUCAGUUUGAAAACUUGCAACAUGGUUCAUCUGAUGUUUUAUUUGCUACUGUAAUUUAACACUAAUAAGGCAAUAGUUAGCAGCUACAUAAUAGAAUAAAAUUACUAGCAAUAAUAAAACUAUCAACAGGUUUUUUUAUUAUUUAAAAAAAGCCCUGGGGAAAACAAGUCUUUGGAACAUGUUAAUUUUUAGUGGUCACCUAGUGCCUCUUUCAGAGAAUAGAGCACUUGCAAAACAUAACCAGUUUUCACUUUAAAAAAUAAAAUGCUUUUUGUCAAGCAAUAACACAAGUUUGUCUUUUUCUUUUUGUUAACCAGGCAUUGUUGAUUACAUGAUAGAACAGGCUGGCCCUCCAUCCAAACAGAUACAGGCUGUCAAACAGGUACAAGAAUUUGUGAAAGAUGGAGACGAUGUCAUUAUUAUUGGGGUUUUCAAAGGAGACCAGGACCCAGCCUACCAACUGUAUCAAGAUGCUGGUAAGCCCUUCCUCUCUUGUCCAUAGUAUAUCAACAUUUGCUCAAUUCCUACACUUGGAAAGUGCUUUGUAGACAUUUCUGAUAGUGCAGACUAGGAGACAAACUUGCAUCUUAGAAAUAUUAGUCUAUUUUCUUGUAGCUACAGUGGCUUGUCAGUUCUCUCUUUUUUAUAAUAUUUUUUAUUGAUUUUCAUCAUGAAAAAUACAUAUCACACCACAUUACAAUUUUAACAAAUUUUCUUGUUUUUUUGGACUUCCUUCAGCCUCUCUGACAAUCAUCCGAAUUAAACUUUUUGAUUACACAUUUCCUAAAUUAGCUAUUGCCUUCUAACAAACCCUUCCACACCUAUUUUUCUUUUUUACAAUAUUUCUUAGGUUUUUACAGAGCUUCUUUAAAUGCCACUAACGUUAUUUCAUUGUCACUUAUGCAUUCCCAAUAUUCCACUAACUUUCCCCAGUCCUCGAUGAACUUUUGAUCUCGUAGAUAUCUGAUCUUCCCUGUUGGUUUAUCAAGCUCUGCAUAGUCCAUCAGCUUCAUUCUCCACUCCUCCAAUGUUGGUACUUGUUCUUGUUUCCAGUUCUGGGCCAGUAAUAUUCUUGCCGCUGUUACUGCAUAUUGGAAAAGUUUACAAUCCUUUCUAUUUAUUUCAUUUCCUAUAAUCCCUAAAAGAAAAGCCUCUGGUUUCUUAACAAAUGUAUAUUUCAACAUUUUUUUCAAUUCAUUAUAUAUCAAUUCCCAGAAGCUCUUCACUUUCUUACAUUCCCACCACAUAUGGUAAAAAGUACCAUCCUUUUCUUUACAUUUCCAACAUUUCUUGCAUGUUUUAUACAUUUUUGCAAGUUUUACCAGUGUAAUAUACCAUCUGUAAAUCAUUUUCAUAACAUAUUCCUUUAACGCAGUACAUGCGGUAAAUUUGAUAUUUUCGUUCCAUAAUUUAAUCCAAUCAUUAAAUUGUAUAUUAUAUCCAAAAUCUCUGGCCCAAUGUAUCAUAACAGAUUUAACUUUUUCAUCCUUUAUAUGCCAUUCCAGCAAUAUCUUACACAUUUUAGAUAAAAUUUUAUAUUCAUUAUUUAUUAUUUCCAUUUGGAAUUUUGAAUCCUUCUCUGCAAAUCCAUACAGUGGUGCCCCACAAGACGAAUGCCUCGCAAGACGAAAAACCCGCUAGACGAAAGGGUUUUCCGUUUUUCGAUGUGCUUCGCAGGACGAAUUUCCCUAUGGGCUUGCUUCACAAGACGAAAAUGUCUUGCGAGUCUUGAGAUUUUUUUCGCUUUCCCCCCCCUUUUUCUAAGCCGCUAAGCCGCUAAUAGCCUUUUAGCCGCUAAGCCUUUAAUAGCCGCUAAACCGCUAAUAGCGCUAAGCCGCUAAUAGGGUUGCUUCGCAAGACGAAAAAACCGCUAGAUGAAGAGACUCGCGGAACGGAUUAAUUUCGUCUUGCGAGGCACCACUGUAUUCCUUAAGAUCUUUUUUAAACAUUUCAUUUAUUUGAAAAUAAUGCAACCAAUCAUAUACAUACUCUUUUACUUCUUCAUAGGGUUUCAUUUUCCAUUUCCCCCCUUCCUUAACAAUCAAAUUUCCAUAUGUAAUCCAAUUUCUUCUCAUAUUGAUUUUUUUGACACUCAUAACCUCUAAUGGGGAUAACCAGUGCGGAGUUUUUGGUUCGAGUAGGCUUUUAUACCUAUCCCAUAUUUCUAUCAACAAUCUUCGGAAAAUGUGGUUCUCAAAACCUUUAUGGAUUUUCUUCUUUUCAGACCAUAGAUACGCGUGCCACCCAAAUCUGUUGUCAAAUCCUUCUCUAUCUAACAACUCUGUGUUUUCUAAAUUUACCCAUUCCUUUAACCAACAGAGCCAUGAAGCUUGAUAAUAUAAUUUCAGGUCCGGCAGGGCGAAGCCUCCUCUCUCUUUAGCAUCUGUUAGUAACCUAAAUUGAAUUAUUGGCUUCUUACCCUGCCAGAUAUACCUUGAAAUUACUCUUUGCCAUUCUUUAAAGGUCAUAGUCCCUUUGAUUAUUGGAAUUGUCUGAAACAAAAAUAACAGUUUUGGCAGCACGCUCAUAUUUAUCGUUGAAUUCCUUCCCCACAACGAUAACUUCAUUCGUCCCCACACCUCCAGAUCUUUCUUUAUUCUAUUCCACACUAGUAUAUAAUUAUUCUGAUACAAAUCAAUAUUCUUAGGGGUUAAUCCAAAUACCCAAAUAUUUCACCUUCUUCACCACUUCUAUACCUAUUUGUUGUUGCAUUAUUCCUAUCGUCUCUUGAUCCAUGUUCUUAGCAAUUAUUUUACUCGUUUUCUUAUUCAAUAUGAAUCUUGCCACUUGACCAAAUCUUUCCACCUCUAUAAGUAUGUUUUUAACACUUUCCAAAGGUUCCUCCACCGUUAGAACCAGAUCAUCGGCAAAGGCUUUAGCCUUAUAUUCAUUCAGGCCUACUGCAACCCCUUUUAUUACCUCAUUUUCCCUUAUAGAUUUUAGAAAGACUUCUAAGACCAUGAUGAAUAACAGUGGCGAAAGUGGACACCCUUGUCGUGUACCCUUGGUUAUCCCUAUUUCUUCCGUAAUCACAUUAUUAACAAUUAAUUUAGCUUUCUGUUCGGUAUAUAUUGCCUUUAUUCCAUUGAGGAAUUCCUUUCCCACCUCCAUAUAUUCUAAAUUUUUUAACAUAAAAUCCCAAGAUGUAUUAUCAAAGGCCUUUUCAAAUAUUAACAUAGCUUGUUUCUCAUUCCUGGCAGUCAGAUAUUCCAAAAUAUUGAUUAUAUUCCUUACAUUGUCUUUCAUCUGUCUGCCGGGUAGGAAACCCGCUUGAUCCUUAUGAAUAAUUUCUUGUAAUAUUUUUUUAAUCCUCUUUGCUAAAAUACUUGCAAAGAUUUUGUAAUCUGUAUUUAACAACGAAAUAGGCCUAUAGUUUUUAACUUGUGUCAAAUCAGAGUCUUGUUUUGGAAUAAAAGUAAUAAAUGCUUCUUUCCAUGUUUCUGGGAUUUCUCUUUCCUUAAGAAUAUUAUCCAUAACUUCUUUCAAGGGUAUUGACAGGAUGUGUUUCAUUUCUUUAUAGUAACUUGCUGUAAAUCCAUCUGGUCCCAGAGCUUUCCCUUUUUUGAGUUCUUUUAUAGUCUCUUUUAUUUCAUCAAUUUUUAUUGGGGCGUUCAGCUUAUCUUUUUUUUCUGUCGGGAUCUUCUGCACCUUUUUUUCAUUUAGAUAUCUUUCUAUCUUCCUCAUAUUGUUCUUCUCUGUUCUUUUAUAUAGAUGUCUGUAAAAGUCCAAGAAUCCUUUUUAAAUACCUUUUAGAUUGUCUAUUUCUUCUCCCUCCACGAUGAUUUUGUUGAUUGUAUUCUGUUCUUUUCUUUUCUUAAUUUGCCAUUCCAGCCAUUUGCCUGAUUUGUUAGCCGAUUCAAAGUUCCUUUGUCUCAUUCUUUUUAUAUUCCAUUCUACUUCUUUGUUGAUUAUCAUCGCAAAUUGAGUUUGCAGAGCCUUUAUAUUCUGUUUUGCUUUAUCAUUAUUCGGUUUCUUAACUAAUUUUUGUUCGUUUUCCAUUAUUUGUAUUAAAAUUUCCUUCUUUCCUUUUUCUCUGCUUUUAUUUUUGAUUGCAUUCUGCUGGAUGAAAAAUCCUCUCAUAACCGCCUUGCUGGCAUCCCAUACUGUAUUCAUUUUCGUACCCUUGUUAGAAUUAUUUACAAAAUAGUCCAUCAGAUUCUUUUGGGCUUUCUCAACAAUUUUUUUAUCAUCUAGGAGAUAAUCAUUCAUUCUCCACCUGAACGAUCUUUCUUCGUAUCCUUGUAAUUCAAGUUUUAUUGGACUAUGAUCUGAAAUUACUCUAGGUUGAAUUUCUAUUUGCCUGAGUUAAUUCAUUAGAGACCCAUAUUUGAUCAAUUCUCGACAUUGACUGAUUUGGGUCUGAAUAGAAUGUAAAUUGUUUUUCCAGUGGGUGUCUCAAUCUCCAAAUAUCAAUUAAAUUGCAGUUUUUUAUCAUCAAAAAAAAUGUCUUUGGUAAUUUCCUUUCUUUGCUAAGCCCUGCUGCUCUUAGUCUAUCCAUUUCCAUUGACACCACACCGUUCAUGUCUCCCAUUAUUAUAAUCUUUUGGUCUAUAUAUUCGAACAGCUUUUCUUGCAAAUUUUUUUAAAAGUCAGUUUUGUUUCCAUUUGGUGCAUAGAUCCCGACAAUUAUUAUUUUUUUCCCCUUGCCAUUGGAUCUGGACUGCGAUGACUCUUCCUUCUUCAUCUUUAAAAAUUUGUUGAGCUUCAAUUUUAUUCCUUACAUAUAAUACAACCCCUCUCUUCUUACUCUUGUCGGAAGAAAUAAAUUCGUUUCCCAAUCUUUUGUUGAUCAAAACUUUCCCAUGUUUUCUCGCCACAUGAGUUUCUUGUAGGCAAAUUAUAUCCAAAUUUUUCCUUUUUAAACAUUGUUCAAUUUUGUUCCUUUUAUUCCUAUCAUUCAUUCCAUUAAUGUUCCAAUUCAAAAAUUUUAGUGCCAUUAUGACCUCUUAAUUAAAUAAGGGAUUUUGUUACUAUUUAUAGUCCAUCUGUUUUUCCAUCUUCUUCUUCUUGUUCCUCUUCCACUUCUUCUGUCUCUUUUCCAUUCUCCUCUUCAUCAUCUUUAAGAUCCCCUGCUCCUACUCCUCCCACAGCUCCUUUUUCUUCAUCUUCUUCUGCUCUUAAUUCCUUAUAUUUUCUCAGGAACUUACUUGUCUCUUCUGGGCUUGUCAGUCUAUGUUUCUUACUUUUAUAGAAGAAGGAAAUUCCUUCAGGGAAUUCCCAUCUGAAUUCUAUGUUAUUUCUCUUAAGAAUUUGGACAAAAGCUUUGUAUGGGUCUCUUCGUUUCAGUAGUCUUAUUGGAAUGUCUUUAAAGAUAAUAAUGUAACAACCUUCAAUAUUUAAUAUUUUUUCUCUGUUCCUUUGUAGUAUCAGAUUUCUCAUGUCUGUCCUUAAAUGUUAUUAAACAAUCUCCUGGAAAUUUCCGUGUUUUCGCUGAUCUUACUCUCAUUCUGAAUGCAUUUUGAAUUGUUUUUGCAACCUCUUCUGGUUCCGUCUCUAACCAUUGAGCCAACUCUUUUAUCAGUUUCUCCUUAAUAUUCUCUCCCUGUGUCUCCGGAAUGGCUCUCAGCCUCAAAUUGCAUUCUCUCUGUCUCAGUUCGUUCAUUGUGAUCGCAUCCAGAACUUCCUCCUGGGUUUUAUUCAUCUCUGACAUACCUGUUUUCAUUUUCUCUUCCUCUCUUUUCAUCUCCUUCAUUUCCAUUUUCGUUUUCUUCCACCCUUCCUCUAAUUUUUGUGUUCUUUUAGAUACAUCUUUUAUUUGAUCUUUAAGUUCAUUAACUGUUUCAUCUAUUUUUUUAUCCAUUUUACCAAUUCUAUUGUCCACAUGUUCUAAUUUAGUUUCUAAAUUCUUUUCACUUUAUUUAAUUUCUGCAAACAUUCUCAAAAUUUCCGCUUUAAACUCUGACUCCUGUUUCAACCCUUUCCUGUCCGCUGGUGUUCCUUCACUCACUUUUUUCAUUUUUCCAAUGUAUCUAUUUACAGCCAACAAUAAAUUUCAGAUUAUAACAACCAACCUUCUCAUAAUAUCAAAUCACAGCAGAUAGCAAAAGUAUAUUAACUCCCUCUCCAGACCAGGAAGGGUAGAGCCAGCAGAUCUAACCAAAGGAGGGUAGAAGUCACUAAACAGUUUCAAAUUCAAAAUUUUUGACAGUUCCUAAUUCAGAAUUCUUAAUUCCACUGGGAGAUGAUAGUGAGGGAAAGAUGGUAUGGCCUGUAUAGCUUCUUGCCACCAAUUAGGCUAAUCCUUAAUGGUAUCUUCUGCCACCAAUUAUGCUAUUUCCAAUUAACUGAGGAUAGCAAAAAGCCAAAGUCCAAAAUAAUCCAGAACAGAUGAAUCACAAUAAAUAAAAAGAAUUAUAGCCAAUUAUAAGAUUGUAAUCCAUUCAUGAGAAUUAUAAUCCGCUGUAUCCAAUUAUAGUAAUUGUGUUUGAAUUAUGUCUCACGAAGACUCCCACCUGAAUCAAUCCAAAAAUGUAAAAUAAAACUUCCAAAACCUGCGAUAGGAGCAGGCCACACAUAAAAAUUUGGGUGGAAAGAUAUUAGUCCAUUACUGUAUUGACCAUACGUAAAUUCUUGCAGAAAUAAAUCCAAAGUUGUAAGGAGUAUAAGAAAGAAAAAUAGAAGAAAUUCCAAUUGCAAAUAAAAAUGAUUUUAAAGCCGAAUAAAAAUACUUUAGACAGUUUCUAUAUUUGGGGAAAAUAUAAUCCACAAAAACCUUCCAUAAGUCCAAAAUUUUAAUUUAGAUAUUCUGUAUCUAGCCAAUUAAAUUUAUUGUAUCCAAUCAGUCCAUAAAUUUACAUUAAAAAAGAAAGGAAAAGCCACCCACGUUUAGAAGCAGUUACAGCCACUGUAAAAUCAGCCACCAGUAAAGCAGCCUGGCAAGAAAAAAAAAAUAGAAGGAAAAAAAACAAGCCAGAACAGAAAAACAAGUUGUAAUUCCCUGUUUGACCACAGGGUUCUAAGUCUCAUAUAUUAUGUUGUAAUAUAAAAAGUUUUGAUGAUUUUAUAGUUUAAAUUUCCCCUAUUCCAAAUAAUAAAAAUAUUACCAAUUACCUAAUUUCAGUCCUUCCAAGACAAAAAACAGAAAAGAAUCCAGCCGAAGUGGCAUCCAAAUAUUACCUUCUCUCCUUUUAUUUCCCAACAAGAAACACAGCUCUAUAAAUAGUAACAAUGGAGUCUGGAGCUCCGUUGCGCAGAUAUUCCAAAAGUAAAGCUUGGAUUAUUCACAGACUCCUUCCUAUUCAACUCUUUGUAUCUUCGAGGACUUUCAAAAUUCCAGCCCUCCUCCCCCUUUUAACUUUGUUAUUUUACCACUGCUACUUCUCAGAGAGUUACUUUUAAAAGUUUCGAAAGGAGGAGAAAGAUCAAAGCCGCUAGCGGCAACUCACUUCCCGUUUCCAGCUCUGCUUACAGUUCUGCGUCUGAGCUGAUUUCAGAAGACUGCUGACCUCCAUAGUUUUAGCUUUUUAAUCCGGAUCCUUCCUUUAGCCAAAUCAAUCCUUUUUUACAAAUUAGGUCCGAAUUUCUUACGAUUUUUGAGAAUUGAGCACUUUCCCUGCAAGCUCGGGGCUUCGCUCUCCGAAGGCAGCAAUGGCUUCCCUUCAGCCCGCUUCCCUGCCCACCGUUCUCUUCGCUCCAAACAGGAGUUACCUGACGGCCAGACGGUCAGCGUUCCGGCAUCCGCGGGAACCAGAACUCCUGGACAUCCACCGGAGAGUAUUUUCGGGGGCUACUGCGCCCUGUAGCACCCCCUUUUCCUUCGGAAAGCCCGGGAUUCUCCAAGCGGAAAAAUCCCCGCUUGCGCUGGGAUCGGGCUCAACUGGAAGUCGAAGUGGCUUGUCAGUUCUCAAAAUGUUGCCCACAUCCAUUUUCUGGCUUUUCCCCUUGAUGUUUUCUGGGGUGACUGCCUCAAGAAUGGAGGCAAAAAAAUUUGAAAUUUAUAGGGAACAUGAGACAUAGGUAUAAAAACACAAACACAUGAACACAUGAAAAUGAAAUUUAAGCAAGUGGAAGCAGCAUCUGUGUCUCUUGAUGUAAUUGAGCAUGUGCAGAGCAACAGAAAAGAGCUAAAGCAGGAAAGAAUGGUUUUAUUAUCUGGGACUUGAAGACUUCAGUCCUGUUCUAGUCAUCCCAGCUCAGAAAGGGCAUUCUCCAAACAGAGUACUAGAAAGAAGUACUAAAUUGUUUAGGUGUUUAGCACUCUUUCCCUAUAAAGAGAGGCAAAUGCAAUUGAGACUGUUUGAGAGGGGGAUGACUACGGGGAAUACAUGAAAGGUUCUUAAAAUUAUGAAUAAUAUGGAGAAAUUAACAAGUGUAACUUUCUUGGUCAUCCACUGAAAUAGAUUUGUAGUAGCUUCAGGAGAGAAAAUAUUAGGUUCUACUGUACACAUUGGUUUGGUUCCGAUGUAAUGUUACAAGAACAAACCCUUCAUGCAAGACAGAAGGACAUUUGAAAACUCCCACACCCAGUUUUGAAUUAGUUGCAGUUCACCAUCCCUUGGAAGAGCAAGGGAGCCCAUGAGCCUCAUACUUUCCCCAACUAAGUCUCAUGAUGGCAAAUACUGAUGUCCAAACCAUGCCAAUGUGUAAUUAAUUUACAGAAUGCAAAACCACAAGAAUGGGGGUGAGGCCACUAGUAAACAGGCCUUUUUUAAAAAAAGGAUUAGACACGUUCAUGGAAGAGGUCUGACAACAGUCAUUAGCCUUCAUAGCUACAUGGAAGCAUUUGAUCAAGAGAGAGUGUGCCUCUUAAUUCUCAUUGCUGGGGACAAACUAGAGAUGAGCAUUGCCUUCAUGCCCUUUUGUGAGCUUCCAGAUCCAUGUGGAGGUUGGUAGUGGUUCAUUAUUGGAUUUGUGUGUACUGUUUGAAGCUUUGUCAUGUAAAUUGUUCCAAAACUAAAGGAUAGUAAUGCUAUGCAAAAUAAUUCAGAUCGUUCUGCAUUUAUUUGAGUUUUCAAGCUCAACAUAAAAUGCAUAAAACAAAUACAGAAGGAAAAAAGGAAAAACAACAACCGGAUGUAUAUCCAUUCAGUCUCUGUAAGAAAUCAUAUCAUUACAUAAGAUCCCUAAUAGCAACAGAACUUUAGACCAGAGUUGUCUGGGCAGUAAAUCCUUCCAAGAGGAGAUCUGGGAACUCAGCAGUACCAUAGACCCAGAUGGUCUGUUUACAAACCCUCACUCCAGGUGUCAAUACUUUUGCAUUUCUGACCCAGCAAUUUCCUUUCUCCUCUUUGGUAUUCCUCCAAACCUAUAUAUAUAUAUAUAUAUAUAUAUAUAUAUAUAUAUAUAUAUAUAAUAUUAUUUUUAUUUUUCAGCUAAUAACCUAAGAGAAGAAUUCAAGUUCCAUCAUACCUUCAGCAAUGAAAUUUCAACCUUUUUGAAAGUGGACCCAGGAAAACUGGUGGUGAUGCAACCUGAAAAAUUUCACUCAAAAUAUGAACCUAAAAUGCAUGUUUUAGACAUUAAAGUGAGUACUUCUAUCAAGGCUAUACUGGGUACAAACAAGUUGGUUUUCUUUCAUUCAUUUUAUUUCUUGGUGCUCCAGCUUGCAUCUUAAAUCUAAUGCUCAAGACCCAAUAUAGCUAGAGCUGUGGCUACUGAAAUGAACAUAUGAGAAUUCUGAGUGUGCCCAGUUGAAGCAAACCCCACCAAGUUCCAAAGUGAUAGAUGUGCAAAAUCUGAACAGUCACUUGCAGGAGAGACUAAGCUAAGAGAAAAUGGAAACAGGCUCUUAGGGAGACUUCAGAAAUGAAAAAUCUUGGUGGAGAGUAGAGCACAAAAAUCUAGGCUUGGCGGGGGCGUGUAUAGUGGUGGCAGGGGUGGAGAGAAAGAAAUCUACUCAGCCAACCUGGCAUGGAAUAAGCUGUUUCACUUAGCAGACACUUGGAAGUAAGCUACACAUCGCCAGAGCCUGUCACCCAAUCUGUCUUGUAAUCAUGGUAGCCAGGCUUUCUGUGAGAUAGCAGGAAAUCCUGAAUUCUGUAGCUAAUCCUAUUUUCUGAGUCUGAAAACUGAAAUAUUUUCAACACACCUGUUGUUUCUUCUGGGUGGUGGUGGUGGUUUUUUAAGAAAAGGUUUUUUAAGAAGAGGCCUUCUGUAAUGUAAACUCCUCCAGUGGUCACAUCCCACUGAUUUUUGUUUCUGUAAACAGGAUUCCACUGAUGCCACUGAAGUGAAAGACCACGUGGUGAAGCAUGCCUUGCCUCUUGUGGGUCAUCGCAAAUCUGCCAAUGAUGCUAAGAGAUACACCAAGAAGCCUCUGGUAGUUGUUUAUUAUACAGUGGACUUCAGCUUUGAUUAUCGUGUUGGUAGGUAUUACUUUUAGUUAGUGUUGUACCCAAUGUCAUACUUGGAGUGGCCCCAAUGAAGUCAUACAAACAUAGAAAUGUAGAGUUGGAAGGGACCCCGAGGGUCUUCCAGUCCAACUGCCUGCGAUGCAGUAAUCUCAGCUAAAGCAUCCAUGUGAGAGAGCCAUCCAAUAUCUGCUUAAAAGCCUCCAAGGAAGGAGAAGCCGCAACCUCCCAAGGGAGACCGUUCCACUGUAACAGCUCUUACUGUCAAAGUUAACUGGAGGAGAGCUCAGUCAGCAGAGCAUGAGAUUCUUAAUUUUAGGUUUGUGGGUUCAAGCUCCAUGUUGGGCAAAGGAUCCCUGCAUUGCAAGGAGGUUGGACUAGAUGACCCUCGUGGUCCCUUCCAAUUCUAUUAUUCUGAAUCCAUUGGUUUGAGUCCUACUCUCUAGAGCAGGAGAAAACAAGCUUGCUCCAUCUUCCAUGUGACACCCCUUGAAAUAUUUUUAAAUGGCUAUCAUAUUUCCUCUUAGUCUCUUCUCCAGGCUAAACAUACUUAACUCCCUUAACUGUUCCUCAUACGGCUUGGCUUCCAGACCCUUGAUUAUCUUGGUUGCCCUUCUCUGCACACGUUCCAGCUUGUCAAUAUCCUUCUUAAAUUGUGGCAUCCAGAAUUGGACAGAGUAUUCCAGUUGUGGUCUGACAAAGGCAGAAUAGAGUGGUAAUAUUACUUCCCUUAAUCUGGACACUCGGCUUCUGUGGAUGCAGCCUAGAAGAGCAUUAGCUUUUUUGCUGCAGCAUCACACUGUGGACUCGUGACGCUUGUAGUCCACCAAGACCAAGGUCCUUUUCACAUGUGCUACUGGCAAGCCAGGUGUCCCCCAUCUUAUAUUGGUGCAGCUGGUUAUUCCUGCCUAAGUGCAGAACCUUACAUUUGUCCCUAUUGAACUUCAUUUUGUUAAUUUGGGCCCAGUUUUCUGAUCAAACAGUUCAGACAAGCAACCAGUCUUAAUCCAAAAGAGACACGCUCACCCGCUUUCAGUCUCCUCCACCAAUCUCUCACAAACGCCCCUAUUUCCAAGUCCUGGUCAUGUGCUCCCAGAAUCGGCAACCAGGUAAGUAUAACUGGGUUGAAUAUAACCUGCUCCAGAAUAAACCAGAUGUCUCUAACUUCAUUGUGUGUUUGUUGUCUUCAGCUACUCAGUACUGGCGAAACAAAGUCUUGGAAGUGGCUAAGGACUUCCCAGAAUAUACUUUUGCAAUUGCGGAUGAAGAAGACUAUUCUUCUGAGAUAAAGGAUCUGGGACUUGUUGACAGUGGAGAGGAUGUCAAUGCUGCUAUCUUUGAUGAAGGCGGUAAAAAGUAUGCCAUGGAACCAGAAGAGUUUGAUUCUGAUGUGCUGAGGGAAUUUGUUGUCUCAUUCAAAAAAGGUAAACUGUAGUUGGAUUGUGGACAAUCCAUGCUUCCUGAAGGCAGCCCUGUUUAGGGAAGUUUUUAAUGUUUAAAGUUUUAUUCUGUUUAAUAUUCUGUUGGGAGCCACCCAGAGUGGCUGGGGAAACCCAGCCAGAUGGGCGGGCUAUAAAUAUUAUUAUUAUUAAUUAUUAUUAUUAUUUACAGUAUUAUGCUUCCUUAAAUUUGUGUGUAGGUUCACUAGCCCCCUGUGUAAUUCAUGAGCUUAGUUCUCUCUCACACUUUCCCAGAAGCUGGAUAAACCUGGAUGUAGCACCAUUUAAAGAGAAUACUGAGCCUUUCCCCCUUCAAAUGGCAGCAAAAAUAGUUUGAAAUAUCUAGUCCUACCCUCUGCAUACUUGAUAUUACUAUUUUAUCAUAGGGAAAUAGUCUUAAGAUGAACCACCCGAAAUGUCACAAAUAGUGAGCUAGCUUUUCAGCUCUUCACCAGGUUAUUAUUAUUAUUUAUUAAAUUGGUUAGUGGCUUUAGCUUGCACAGGGCAACACAAGGGAACAAACCCCCCACAUAAAUACAGUAAAACCAGAGGUGUGGGGGGAUACAUUAAAAUCAUCCCACACACUUCUAAAAGGCCACAGACUGCUUAAUUAGCCAAAGGCCUGGUUAUAGAGGAAAGUAUUUGCCUUGCCUCUAAAGAGAUGUAACAAAGGUGCCAGGCAAGCCUCCCUGGUGGGCAGCCACUUCAAAAAAGCCCAUUCUCAUGUUGCCACCCUCUGGACCUCCCUUGGAGGGAAGGGAGCACACAAAGGGCCUAAGAUGAUGACCGCAGAGAGGGUCCGUUCAUAUGCAGAGAGGUAUUUUGGUCCUGAGCCGUUUAAGACUUUAUAGGUAAAAACCCAGCACUUUAAAUUGGGCCCUGAAACUGAUUUGCAGUCAGGCCCGUCUUUCCUCAGUGAGCAACCUGGCUGCUGAAUUCUGUAUCUUAAAUUGCAAAAAAGGAAAUAUUUUAGUUUUGUUCUUCCCUAUGGGCCAAUAUGCCGUAUGUCCCAAAUGCUGUGAAAGGCAAUUUUCGUCAAACUGUACUUUAUGAUCUAAACUUUUCACAAGUGAUCAUUCAAGGAGCUAUUUACAGAAAAAUUGGAGCUGUGGGAUGGGGGGGGCGGGUUGGCAGUAACUCAUCUAUGUUAGUAGUGGUGUUGCCAACUUCUGUGAACUAACUGCAAGGGCCAUGGUCUUUUAUGACAGUUUUCCUGUUUCCUUUCCUAGGUAAACUGAAACCCAUUGUGAAGUCCCAACCAGUACCAAAAAAUAACAAGGGUCCUGUGAAGAUUGUAGUUGGCAAAACGUUUGAAUCUAUAGUGAUGGAUCCAAAGACUGAUGUUCUCAUAGAGUUCUAUGCUCCCUGGUGUGGACACUGUAAGAAGCUUGAGCCCAUUUAUACUGAGCUGGGUAAAAAAUACAAAACUCAGAAAAACCUGGUCAUUGCCAAAAUGGAUGCUACUGCCAAUGAUGUCACCAAUGAAAAUUACAAAGUAGAAGGAUUCCCCACCAUCUAUUUUGCUCCUAGCAAUAAGAAAAAGGAUCCUAUUAAAUUUGGAAGUGGAGAAAGAGAUCUGGAAAGCUUGAGCAAAUUUGUAGAAGAAUAUGCCACCAAACUAAGUAGGACAAAAGAAGAACUUUAGGUGGAACAACAAUCAUUGGUGAAGAGUUAAUGCAAACUUACUGAAAUAUUGAUUGGGGAAAACAACUUAGCACCUGGAGCAAAGAGAAUUUGGGGGUGGCAUAACAAUGCUGUAUGAGAUUUUUGUAUUACAAAAGAAAUCUGAACACUGAACUUUUUGAUGUAAAUGGUUUUUAUUAGUUUCAACAGUUUUGAUCUAAGAAAAAUACAUUAUUUUUUGUUACUAACUUGAGCUCCCCCCCCCCCCCGAAAGCAAAGCUAUAAUACUUUUUCCAGACCCUUGUAAUAAAAUCACUUCUAGAGCUGUUGUCCCUUCAAUAUUGCCUCUUUCUCCUCCUUCCCCCUCAACAAGAGAAACACACACACCAGGCCUGGGACUCAGUGCUGCUGCUGUGGCCGCCCCAGAGCACCAACUGGGUGCUGAAGUUGGGAGCUUGAAUCUCACCGCCAGCUGCUGCGUAAUCCUGGUCAUGUGGUUGCUCUUGCCUUUCCCCGCAGGACAUCCUGCUUUUCCUGUGUGCUCAAAUUAUGCAACGUCCAAAAUAAUAAAAGGAAACCUCCAAAGGAACAAAAGGUUCCAAAGCUUGGCAGAGGAGCGGCCACAGUGAGCGCAAAGCAGGUGGGGAGGGAGGCUGCCAUGAGCGUCACCAGAAUUUAUGUUGCGGGUACAGGACAUCCUUUCGUCAUCCUCUUUAUCUGGCUCAGUCUAGCAGAUUUGGAAUGAAAUGCCUCAACAACAGUUGUUUUAAAUUGCUUUUGACCUCAGCAAGCAGUUCAAUUCCAAAAUUUUCUGAUUAUUUCUACCUUUAAAUAUUUUUAUUUAUUUACGUGUUUUAGGGGAUCAGCUGUCCCCUGCCUACACCCAUGGAUGCUGCUGCUACAAGCCCCCCGGAAUAGCAUGCUGCAAGGUUGCUGGUACUCUGUGAAAGGCAGCCCCACGGCUCACGGGUGAGGUUAGAGGCCACAGGCAGGAGGGCUGGCCCAGUUGGCCUCGCAGGGAGGAUGGAGACUGAGCAAGUGCCUUCACUGUUGGCUUUCAUGCAUGCCCAAAUGUUGCAGAGGGCCACAGAAAACGCCUCAAGGGCCGUGUGAUCACCCACCCUGACCUAAGGCCACAGGGGAUGCUGCUGCUGGAGAGUGCCAGGGGGGUGUUAUGCCAGGCAGUCUGUCCUGCACUUCCUAAGAGAGGCCACUGUGCCCAAAUUCAGGGCAGAAUGCUUGUCCCUCAUCCUUGUUGGAGGUAAAAUUCAGCUGCCCAGCCAAUCGGCUUUUUGUACUUUGAAUGGUAAUACAACUUAGGUACUGUACUCUGAACUGCACCAUUAUAUUGUAAACUGCCCCGUCUUUGGAUGAAGGACAGUAUAUAAAUUUAAUAAAUAAAUAAAAUUAAAUCUUGUCCUUCGCCUUAGGUAGGAGGAUGUUAGGCUGGGCCUUACUAAGAAGCUACUUAAAUGUUAGGAGAAAGCAUGUGAUAAGGUGCAAAUAACGGGGGAGAGGAAGCCAACCUCCUGAAGCAGAUUCCAAAGCCAGCGCACGAGAACUGGAAGCCCCCCUUGUAGAAAGGACUCUACAAACAGAAAGAGGUGCUGCAUGUACUUUUGUUACCCAAGAAAAUCUUAAUAAAAACAUUUUUUAAACCAAAAAACCCGCUCCUUAUUUCCCCCAACAGACAGACAGGAGUCGGUGAUGCUAUUGACCUCCUCAUUCAAACCAUUUAGGCCAGGCCAAGGGGAACGAUCUGACCUUCCAGCCAAUGGUCAGGGGGGAUGGACAUCUUCUUGAGCCUUUAUAGUGGGCCUAUAGAUCUCUUAUAACUUUUUAUGAUUUUACUGCAUGGUUUUAAUGUUUUGUAAAUGACUGUGAUGUGUGGCAUAUCACAGUGGCAUAUAAAUAACCCAAUAACCCCCCCCUCCAAGAAAACCCCCCACAUUUUAAAAGGGCAUAGGAUGUCAAUCAAAUCAACCAAGGGUCUGGUUAAAAAGGAACAUUUUUGCCUGGCGCCUGAAGGUGUAUAAUGAAGGUACCAACUGAAACUCCCUGGGGAGAGCAUUCCACAGAUGGGGAGCCACUGCAGAGAAGGCCCGUUCUCGUGUUGCCACCUUCCGGACCUCUCAAGGAGGAGGCACACAAAGAAAGGCCUCAGAAGAUGAUCUCUGAGUCCAGUUAGAUUGAUAUGGAAAGAGGUGGUCCUGAGCAACUUAAAGCUUUAUAGGUCAAAACCAGCACUUUGAAUUGGGCCUGGAAACUAAUUGGUAGCCAGUGCAGUUGGACCAGGAUCAGUGUAAUAUGCUCAAACUGUCUUGCUCCAGUGAGCUACCUGGCCGCUCAAUUAUGCACUAGCUGAAGUUUCCGAACCAUCUUCAGAGGCAGCCCUAUGUAUAGCACAUUGCAGUAAACUAACCUUGACGUUACCAGAGCAUAGACAACAGUAGUUAGGUUAUUCCUGUCCAGAGAGGGGCGUAGCUAGGUCACCAGCCAAAGCUGAUGGAAGGCGCUCCGGGCCACUGAGGCAAAGGAUCCAGGAGUAGCCCCAAGCUACGAACCUGCUCCUUCAGGGGAAGUGUAACCCCAUCAAGAGCAGGCGACCUCCCACCCAUCUGGUCUAGGGAACCACCCACUAACAGUCUUAUCUGGAUUGAGCUUCAGUCUGUUGGCUGUCAUCCAGUCCAUUACUGAGGCAAGACACUGGUCCAGCACUUCCACUGCCUCACCUACAGAUGUAAAGGAGAAAUAAGAGCUGAGUGUCAUCAGCAUACUGCUGACAACAUACUCCGAACCUCCGGAUAACCCCACCCAGCAGUUUCAUGUAGAUGUUAAACAACAUGAGUGAUAGGACUGAGCCCUGUGGAACCCCAUACUGAAGGUUCCACGGCAGAAAAGCAUUCCCCAAGGAACACUCUCUGGGAACAACCAUCCAAGUAGGACUGGAACCACUGCAAAGCAGUGCCACCCACUCCUAGUUUGGAGAGUCGCUCCAGAAGGAUACCAUGGUCGAUGGUAUUGAAAGCCACUGAGAGGUUGUGAAGAAUUAACAGGGACAUGUUUCCCUUGUCUCUCUCUCAACAGAGGUCAUCAUACAGGGCGACCAAAGCAGUUUCUGUGCCAAAACCCCGAUUGAAAUGGUUCCAUAAAAUCAGUUUCUUCCCAAAGUGCCUGGAUCUGGUCUAUUUAUUUUUAUAAAUAAGGCGAAUAAAUUAAUAAUAUUACUAACGGACUAUCAGACAUGUUGCUGUUCCUUUGGACCAUUUUUUCCAGGACUGCUGUAUGCAAAUGGAGGAGCGAGCAGGGAGCAAAAGCCUUUGCUGAAGCCUGUGUGUGCAUGACCAUGGAGCUGUUGGUUCUGCCUUGCAUUUGCCCAGUGGCAGACUUUGGGUUCUCAAAUUUCAGUGGUGCCAUGUGCAAUGCUAAAAUUCAGCACCGCUCCCUCUCAUGCUCCACUCUGCAGCAUUGUUUUGGCGCCCCCUGAAGUGACCAUCCAUCCUAUGCACUAUAUGUGGGAGAUUUUGCAGUCAGUCUAACAAUGCAUAUUCUUGCUUGUUAGCACAUGAAAGUGUUAAGACCAUAAAGCUUUAUAGAUGAUUGGUAGAGAAGGCUCUGUUCAACAUAAUUUCCCCUCCUCUCCUAAGAGGAAAGGAGCAUACAGUGGAACCUCAAGUUGCAGACAUAAUCCUUCCUGGAGGCACGUCUGCAACUCAAAGCGUUCACAUCCAGAAGCGCCGCGUCUGCACAUGCACGCAGCGCAAUUUAGCGCUUCUGCGCAUACGCAAGCGGUGAAACCCAGAAGUAACCCAGUCCAGUACUUCCUGGUUACCACGGGACGUAAUGCGAAAAGACGCAACAUGAAGCGGACGCAACACAAGGUAUGACACGAUAGUAUUUCCUGUUCCUUUUCUCUUUCUCUCUUCAGCCAACGAUGGAGGAAGACAGGCUUCCUCUUGUUCUAUCAUGAGUCACAUGCCUGAAGCUGUUUUGCUGCAAAUACAAGUAUUUUCCCUGCAAUUAUUUUAAUGCUAUUGCUGCUAAGGAUUAAUGCUUGGCUGUGAUUAAACUAUGUUUUUCAGUUU